AUGUCUGCAUGCAGCAUUAUAAUUUUAUUAUCAGUGUUUAGUCUUGGUGUCAUUAAUGGCAAUAAUAUUCCUGCCAGAAUGUCCAUUCAGCAAGGAAGCAUCACAGCUACUUCAUCUGUGCCCAGGCAAGCUGAAUCUGGCAGAUCUCAGUGCACCGAAGACGAGAUAUUUUACAGAAACUGUAGAGCAGCUUACCUGACCGUAUUUCGAACCAGUUUAGAGAAUAUCACUUCCAAAGAUCAACUCUGUCUGGUUCUCCAGCAGGCUGGAAGAAAUCCUUCCGGGAAGACGCUUGAGAAGUACUGGACUCAGCAUACCAAGAAAUUAAACUUUGAUGACUUUUGCGAGAUUUUGAAAAAUGAAAAAUGUACAGGCAAGAGUGAAUUGUUGAAAGCUUUCAAGAAGCUUGAUUUAAAUAGUGAUGGCUACCUUACACAUGAGGAGCUUUACAAAGUUCUCACUACUAAUGGCGAGAGGAUGACACAUGAAGAAUUGAAAAUGAUCAUGGAUGAAGCUGAUAUUAAUAAGGAUGGAAAAUUAGAUUAUACUGAGUUUUGUAAAUUAUUCCUGGCAACAGUUGAAACAAGUCAGAAGACUGCAGUUGCAAGAUUAGAGACUAUGACCAAAAUGAAGCAACAACAGUUUGGAAGUUCGACAGUCGCUUCAUUGGAACUUUCUUCCUCACCUUCAUCAAAAUCACUGCUGGCAACUUCUCAAAAUCCUGAGACAGAUUUAAUCCCCAAAGUUGAUAGCAGACUUCCAUCAAGAACGUCAUCUGCUCGAAGUCGCAGGGCUUCAAUUUCUUCUACCAUCACUAUGGGACCGAUCACUACAAAAGGUCUGAAAUUAACUGAGCCCAAAGCAAUGAAGAACUGGCAACAUACUUGGUCAAAGGGAUGCUUUUUCCUGGAGGAAGAUGGUGGAAUUGUCAGUCAUCGGUAUAGACUGGAAUUACAUCAAACAACAAAUGUUUGCCUUACCAUCAGACCAUUAAACCUCAGCGAAAGUGAAGAAAAGCAAUCCUCCUGGAUGAAUGUGGACACCUCAUUAUUUGUUUUGAGGAACAAUGGUGAUUCGGAAGUUCUGGAAGUUGUAUGUGUCACAGAAUUACGAGAAAAAGAGAAGUUUGGUUGGAAGGGAGAACUUCGUUCUGGAGUUUAUCACCUUCUCCCAUUUACCACUGGCUGCAGACUAAGAAAAAGGAGGAAAUCAAAGACACGUGAAGCUAAGCUGGUCCACAGAGAAGAUGGCAACCUAGCACUCACCAAGGAAUUCAGGGCUGCUCUGUCAGACAUCUUUGAAAUCAUCGAUUUAGAUGGCAAUGGCCUACUGAGCUUUGACGAAUAUAAUUUCUUUGAGUUCAGGACCAGUGGAGAGAAAUGUGAUAGAGAAGCCUGGGUUGUGUGCCAAGAAAAUUUUGACACAAAGAAAAAUGAGCUGACACGACAGGGAUUCAUGGACUUGAAUUUGAUGGAAGCGAAUGAUCGGGAGGGUGAUCCAAAAGACCUUUGGGUGACACUUGAAUCAAUGGGCUACAGCAAAACAUUAGAAAUGCAUGAGGCAUGUCCUUUUGUAAUUAGUAUCUAUGCAGAGGACAGCAAACUUAAGUUAACACCUAUCAGUCUGGAAGCGGGUGGAAACCUUCUCAAUUCAGUUAUCUGCAAAUCUGUCAUAAGUAAAGGAGAAGCAAAAGCAAUGAAGAAUUACAGCAAUUUGGUGAUUCAUAUCUACAAGACGGAAACACGAAUCACUUCAGUCAUUGAAAAUAAAUCUGAAACAAGAGUGAUUGUUCAUGUCAACAAUGAACAGAGUAAGAACUCUGUCAGCAGUCGGGGGCUUAGUAUCUUUGCAGUUGAAGUAGCACCAAAGACAACUACAGUCUGCCAGCAUGUAAUGCCUAUCAAUGAAAAACUGGAAUGGAUUUACAGCUGCACAGAAAGCAUUGUGACCUGAAAUAUAAAGCACAAGAAAAGAGCUGCAUUAUCAAGCAUCUGGAUGGCAAUGCUGCUGAAUCCAAAGUGUGAAGUUAAAUUGACACUUUUGUAUGUGUGCCUUCUAAUGUAUUUUUAAUUGAUCUCAUUUAUUUGCUGGCUAAGUGUUUUGUAUAAUUAUGGUUCCAUGGAAUAUGUUAUUUACAUAUCGAAAGGGAAAUUGUAAAUAUUGUGUUGUGAAUCACACAGGGAAUGCUUUUCUGCAGAGCUUAGUGUAGUUUGAUCUAAUGUGGCAUUGUAUAUGUUUGUGAAAGAUACCCUAAUUGAAACAACUUAGUUAUCACAAAAAUGAAAUUAAUGCAAUGUCCUAAACGCAUAGGCAUUAAAGAGCAACAUUGGAGCAUAUCGCAUGACCAGAUGGUCUCUCAGCCUUCCAUCAAUCCAGUCCAUCUGCUACUACUGAAGUAAAUUCUGUUGGGCUUUUGGCCAGGCCGCCAGAUGCGGUGUCUCAUGUUUGCAAGAUACUUGCCAUACUAAAACAGAAACUGAUCUUUGGUGAUACCACACAAGAUGGCCUCUUCUGUCCACCCGAAUGUGUGUCCAAUCAAAGACCUCAUAAGAACUUUUGUUAAAACUAUUACAUCCACCCAGCAGAUUUAAGUUGCAUACAAACAAUAUAUAUGGUUGGAGAGAAGAGAUCAGUGGAACGAAAACAAAAUACAUUAGUUUUAUUUACAUUAUGAAAGCAUUGACAAUAUUGCAAAGAUUUUAAAAAUUAGGAGAAAGUGAGGACUGCAGAUGCUGGAGAUCAGAGCUGAAAAAUGUGUUGCUGGAAA